GGCUCUUUCAUCUCUUGAGACCUCUAUUGUUGUUUGGGACGAGAAGAAUCACCCAUUGGUGAAUCAGGAUGAGCCAUAGGAGGAGAGCAAGCCCCUUCCACCUCCCCAUUCCAGCGUCCACAAGAUGGCCCCACCAGGAGCCGGGACCGAAUCAGGUGUGAGCAGACGUUAUGUGGACAUACCGAACCGUGGCACGGGAGCCGAUGGUGUAGGCGAGGGUGCACCCAAAAAGACAAUGCCCGCGCCCGCGCCCGCGCCCGCGCCCGCGCCCGCGCCCGCCGACCUGUUCGCCCCCCUCGCCCCCAUGCCUAUGCUGCCCCCCAACAUCCUCUUCAGCCCCAACGCCACGGAUGGAGCCAACCAGACGCAACCCCAGAGUGGCGGAGGUGGCGGCUGGUUGAUACUUUGCUGCUUGGCUGCGUGGCUAGUCGGUGGGCUAGUUUGCAAAAAUAAGGCAAAGAAGAAGAAAGAGGCCUUCCUCCCAGAGGACCGCACUAAAACAAUUGUUUGGGACGAAAAGAAGCAGCUGUGGGUUAAUCAGGAUGAGCCAGAGGAGGAGAGAAAGCCCCUUCCACCGCCGCCAUCUGCCUUCCCAAAGAUGGCCCCAGGACGCGGGAGAAACAUGUUCAGGAGAGGAGGUGUGAGCAGACGUUAUGUGGACAUACCGAACCGUGGCACGGGAGCCGGUGGUGUAGGCGAGGGUGCACCCAAAAAGACAAUGCCCGCGCCCGCGCCCGCCGACCUGUUCGCCCCCCUCGCCCCCAUGCCUAUGCUGCCCGCCAACAUCCUCUUCAGCCCCAACGCCACCCCUCCCACCAUCCUCUGGGACGGCGCUCCCCCCAUGCCCCCCAUGCCGGACGCCAUGGGCGGCUUCUACCUGACGGUGCCCGCGCCAACUGUGCCCACCUUCUUGCCGACCUACCAGGUCGACGGCAGUGCCCCCAUGGCAAUGCCCCCUCUCUCCAUGCAGCACACUGGACCACCCACACCACAGUUAAACUCUGAAAUGCCCGGACACAUGACCCCUCAGUUGCCUGGUCAGAUGCCUUGCCCUCCCAUGCCCGGCCAACAGAUGCCAGGGCAGCAAAUGCCGGGACAAAUGCCCCCGCCGAUGCAGGUGCCUCAGCAGAUGCCAGGCCAAAUGGCAGACCAGAUGCCAGGCCAGAUGCCAGGAGGGCACAUGCCUCCCCCGCAGGCCCCGCCAGCAGCAGGUGUAACCCUCUAUCACCCCGCCCAAUUUUCACAGGCGGCUCCAGUGGCCACACGUGUCGGGGGGCGGCUGGGCGGACGGAGAGUCUACCCCACUCUUAAUUGAGCACUGUGGAUCCAUAUAAGGGCUUCACCCAUUUAUUACUUAUAUAUAUUCA